CGCGAUAAGGCUGAUGAUGACAUCAGCUCCGUUCGCGAUGGAGCCGCGGACACGUCAUCAGCGCGAGCGGGUAGGAACCAGGAAGUGGCUCACGAGUUUAGCUAGCGACCUAUAAUGAGCAGCUGAGAGUCCGGGUGGUUCACACGUUGCUUCAGAAGGGCAGGAUGGGCAGGCAGAGGAAGAGGGUGACGGGGGACGCUGGUCCCCCUCCGAGGAAAGAUGAGAAGCCCCCUGCAUUUCACCGCAAGGAGAAGAAAAAGAAAGUGGAUAUUGGAAAAGUGUUCAUCAACAUCUCCAUCGGCCUCUGCAUAUUCAGCCUCAUCUGGUUCUUUUAUGCCCUCUACAUGCGAUCCAGUCUGGCCAAGCGGGUUGUGACACUUCACCCGUCGCAUCGUGUCCUCGAUGCCAAUAGCAGCAGUGCCAAGGUUUCCCCAGACAGGUUCUGGGGCUCUUACAGGCCUCAGGUCUACUUUGGGAUGAAAACAAGAAGUCCGAGGUCUGUUGUGACAGGCAUGAUGUGGAUGCGUCAGUUUUCAGACUUGGAUGUGAAUCUAAGGCACACUUGUGAGCAGGGCGAUCAUUUGCAAGGCUACGGCUGGAUGAUGCAUGAUGGAAUUAACUUUGGAGUCCAAGAAAUCCGAGACAAUGACUUCACACUAACCACAGAGUUCGUGAAGAGGAUGGGAGGCGAUAAUGGAGGAGACUGGACCUGGAGGGUCACAGCCAAACAGCAUAGCUCUGCACCCCAGGCACCAGUUAUCUCUCUGAUGUUUUAUACAGCCGCAGACACACAGGGUUCGCUGCAGGCUCAUGUGGAGGAGAGAAGUCGCCUUGCUUCCAUCACUGGUUCCUCGGAGGAGCUUGGAAACUUUAAGAUAACUUUCCGAAAGCCUGUUACUGGAGAGUUAUCCGGUGCCAAAUAUGCCAGUUACAACUACCUUCAAACUGUGUCUCCUGGCUUCGAGAAGCUGACUGACAUUGUGAAGCACAGUCUGAACCGCAGGUUUGUCUACAGCCCUCCCUCUGGUGAGAAGAGGCAUUACAUAGCCGUAGACACUUACAAUCCCCACCACCACCAAAACCAGCAGAAACCUGAGGACAAAAGGAAGGAAAGUGACUUUGUGGUCCACCAGGUGACCGUUCAGACCCCGUUCCAGAUCGAAGUCCUGUUUGAGUCCGGAAGCUUCCACAAUCGUCCCAACCAACUGGUGGGGUCUGUCAUGACUCAGGAGCUGGAGAAGAGGAAAGCUGAGUUUGAUGCAAAGUUUGAGAAAACGUUCGGACUCGAGAGCAAAGGUUUUAGCCAAGCACAUAUUAAAUUUGGCAAGGCAGCGCUCAGCAACAUGUUGGGUGGAAUGGGUUACUUCCAUGGUCAGUCAGUGGUGCAGUCAGUCUACAACGAAUACCCACUGCUGUACCCUGAAGGUGCUCUAUUCACUGCUGUCCCAUCACGCUCUUUCUUUCCCAGAGGAUUCCUUUGGGAUGAGGGCUUCCACCAGCUGCUGCUGAGUAAAUGGGACCCCCAGGUGACCAGGGAGGCUAUUGCCCACUGGAUAGACCUGAUGAAUAUUGAGGGCUGGAUCCCCCGUGAGCAGAUUCUCGGAGAUGAGGCUCGCAGUAAAGUCCCAGCUGAAUUUGUUGUCCAGAGAAACGAGAAUGCUAAUCCACCCACGCUCUUCUUAGCUCUUCAGGAACUUAUUGAACAGCUCAAUGGAAAUCCAGACGAGGCAGCGUCGCAGCCAACCUUAGCUUUCCUUCGACGGCUUUUCCCCAGGUUGAAAACCUGGUUUGAAUGGUACAACACCACUCAGACGGGCCCCCUCCCCAAUUCUUACCGCUGGCGUGGACGUGACAAGGACACCAAUCUGUUCCUCAAUCCCAAGACCCUGACGUCCGGGUUGGACGACUACCCACGGGCCUCACACCCCUCAGCAGAAGAGCGGCAUGUGGAUUUACACUGCUGGAUGGCCUUGUCCUCGGGCAUCAUGGCAAGCAUCGCUCAGCUUCUAGGCGAGCCCCAUCAGGACUACAAACUCACACACGAUGUGCUCAGUGACAAUGACCUACUCAGUGAACACCACUGGUCAGAACAGCACCGUGCUUUCAGUGACUUUGGCAACCACACACAGGCCGUGUCCUUGCAGCAGGAGAAGGUCUACGUACCACCCGGACAACCUCGCCAUCAGUUCCCCGUGGCGCGCCUCGUGCGCUCUGUCCGCCGGGCCCCCAAGCUGCAGUAUGUUAACGCUCUGGGCUACGUUAGCUUGUUCCCCUUCUUACUCCACAUCCUCCAACCUGACUCACCCAAACUGGAGCAUAUCCUCCGUGACAUGAGAGACUCCAGUAAGCUGUGGACGCCUUAUGGCCUGCGUUCUCUGUCUAAAGCUGAUCCCUUGUACAUGAAGCGAAACACAGAACAUGAUGCCCCCUACUGGAGGGGCCCAAUAUGGAUUAACCUCAACUACCUAGCAGUCAGGGCCCUCCACCACUAUAGCAACACGGAGGGGCCAUACCAAGAGAAGGCAGCUGUUCUUUAUGAGGAACUCAGGACUAACAUCAUCAACAAUGUUUAUAAACAGUAUGUUGAAACAGGGUAUAUCUGGGAACAGUACAACGACAGCUCUGGCAGAGGCCAAGGAAGCCAUCCCUUCACUGGCUGGUCAGCCCUGACUGUGUUAAUGAUGGCUGAGCAGUAUUGAUAAUGUACGUUUCAUCUCAAGGCACUGGCCUUCGUUUAUCUGGCUGUGACUGAAACGACACCAAGUGUUAAGGUAUAGAAAUAUACGGUCUGAUUGACAGAACGAAUAAGAACCAGCUGAGAAAAUGACAUUCGUGAUCACAUUUUCUCAUUCGACCUUUAAUUAAAAUAACAGGUUUCUCGCAUGUAUUUCCUGAAGGGCAGGUGUAAGUGCAGCUUCUCCGUCUCUGCUGGAUGUGGAGCCUGUAAAGCCUGUGAAGAACUGUCUAGUGCUUCAGACGGAUCCUUAAGAUGCAUUUUACUUAAUGAAAUUAUAUUCCUGAACUUAACUUCACUUGCCUACACAUUUACUGCUUCAACCUUUAACAUGGAAAAUGGAGACAUAAUCUUUCUUUAAGCUCCAGGUUCUCUCACUAAGGUGGGAUUAUUCAUUCACACAAUGCAGGAGAACAAUUUCUAAUGAACGGUUUGGAACACGUUUCUAGGAGAAGCUACAUGUUGUGUUGUCACUUGACAAAUAAGGGCCAUUAUCUGUAGUUGUGCCAUUUUAAUCCAUCACAUGUCUCCGAUUCUCUCCCUUAACGAGUUGAUUGUUUUGAUAUUUAAUUGUUUAAUCACAGUCUUUCAGAAACAUUCAGUCAACAUUUCUAAAAUCACUGCUUCUAAACGCAGCCAUAUUUUCUAUACAUGGUCCAAGGUAUGACAGGCAGGGAAUACAACUUUGACUGUGACAUUGGUUUUGUUUUGUCAAAAACAAUAAAUGGUUUAAAUAUAUAAUAUA